UGGGGCUGAGCUCAUUUCCAGUAGGCAUGAGAGGCAGACACCUUCCGACAACAAACACUGAAAAUACGUAAAAGAACAGAACAAAAAAAUUAUAAACAGAAAUCACUUUCGGCAUCAAGUAUUCGUCUGUAAACACAAAAACACCAAAACCAUUUGUUUAAAUUUCGGCCAUGGAGGAGUACUCACGUGAGCCGUGUCCCUAUCGCAUUGUCGACGAUUGCGGCGGUGCCUUCGCCAUGGGUUGCAUUGGUGGCGGCAUCUUCCAGGCGCUUAAGGGCUUUCGCAAUGCCCCCUCGGGCCUGGGGCGCCGACUGGUGAACAGCAUGGUGACUGUGAAGUCGCGGUCGCCCGUAAUUGCGGGCAACUUUGCGGCCUGGGGCGGCAUGUUCAGCACAAUUGACUGCACCCUGGUGCACUUUCGCAAGAAGGAGGAUCCGUGGAACUCGAUCAUCAGUGGUGCGGCGACUGGCGGCAUACUGGCCGCUCGUAAUGGUCUGGCAGCUAUGGCGGGAAGUGCCAUCAUUGGAGGCGUUCUUCUGUCGCUCAUCGAGGGUGUGGGCAUCAUCUUCACACGCAUUUCGGCCGACCAGUUCCGGAACCCGACGCCCCCCGUCGAUGACCCCAGUGCUUUGCUGGAUGAAGCUCCUGUGAGCAAGGGUCCCUUUGGCUUUGGUGGCAGCAGUAGCAGCGGUGGUGCCAACAUCAAUACCUAAAUUAAUUAUCACUUCCCUGUAUGGCAAACAUUAAACAGCUUCGGUAGCUCUUGACAGUAGAAGCCGGGUAGUA